CUGAUAUAUACAUAUAUAAACAUGCAACAACCUCUAGACAUAUUAGUUUAUAAGUUGAUUCACAAAGUUUUACAAAAAAAAAAAAACAUGAAACAAAAUCAACACAAAUAUUUCUCACUAGCAUGCCUCCUCCGUGUCCCACACAGCAGCAGCGCCAUGCAACACUGAAGGUGGUCUCUGUGUAACCGUGAACACCAUCCCCCUCAAACCGCAGUACUCCUGAAAGAGCGCCACAUAAACCGGUCUUUGUAAACAACAAGCCCCUUGAUAAGAAAGUUGCAGAGAAAAGGAGGGGAGGGGUGUUUGAAGCUCUGCGAUUGGUCGCAAUGAAAGACACAGGGAAUUUGGGGUGUUUGAAGCUCUGCGAUUGGUCGCGAUGAAAGACACAGGGAAUUUUGGAACAUCGACCCGGAAUAGUUGCUGUGGUAACAACUGUAUCCCAUCAUGCAAAGAAAUUCCCGGAUCUUGCUCCUUUGAACCGCACAAGGCGCUGGCUCCCAUCUGCGAGCUGCAACAAAUCUUUUUUGGAGAUGGACAGGGAAGGUUCGGUGAUAGAGGAUGAAAAUCCAUUUAAGAGCCCAGAGAAGAAACGGAGAUUCACUUCCUUCCAGAGCAGCUGGAAGUCGUCCUUCGACUGGAUCGCAGAGAGCAGGCGUGGGCCCCAGCAUGUGACCUGCAAGAUCUGCGGCUGCGAUUUCACCAUCAGCCACGGAGGACGGCACGACAUACAGCGCCACGCCUCCUCCGAGAAGCACCGGCAGAACAGUAAACACGUCUUAUACGUUAGGUCCACGCAGGGCCAUGACGAGCAGACUAGCUGUGCUACAAAGGUCACUGCAGCAGAGACUGCGUUUGUGUCCAUGAUCGCCGAGCACAACCUGUCUUUCACCUGCGGGGAGCACAUCCUCAAGUUCAUUAAGAAGCACUGUGCGGAUCCAGAAGUGGUGAAGAAAAUAAGUUGUGGGGGCACCAAGGCCACCUGCAUAGCCAGGGAUGUAAUAGGACCAAAGUAUCAAAACGACAUCGUGGCCAUGUGCAGACAGCUGCCGUUCUGCGUCUACCUGGACAAGAACCUGGACUGGGGCGAGGAGAAGCUGCUGGUGAUCCUCGUGGGUUUUUUUGACGUAGACCUUGAGAAGAACGUCAUCCGCUUUUUGGACAUGCCAAGGUGCGUUUCAGAGACCAGCCAGGCCGUGUUUGAUUGCUUGAUGGAAACGCUGAGGAAGUUCAACGUGCCCGCUGGAAAUCUGGUAGCUUUCUCGUCUGAGAAUGACGCUUCGAUGACAGGCCCUGAGGACUCCGUGCUGUCAAGGCUGAAGUCGUUAAACCCAGGCAUUGUGAACCUGGGAGGGGUUUGUCACCUGGCGGAGAUUUGCAGCAAUGUUGGGGUCGAGGCUUUGUCUGCACCACUAGCUGAACUUGUUUCUGACAUUCACAGCUAUUUUUCUUCCAGCGCACACAGGCAACACCGGCUAAAGACCCUUGGUGUUCUUGUUGAUCUGGAGUUACUUAAAACAAUAAAGUGCGCUCCUGUUCGAUGGCUGCACCUGAACAAAGUGAUUAAACAUGUCUCAGACUUGUGGCCCACUCUCCUGCCCUAUUUUAUAAACUGUGAGUCACGGGCCUCCAAAGUGGAACUGAUCAGCGAGCGACUGCAGAACCAGGAGCUCCGACUGCUGUUUCUGUACCUCCAGUUUGCUUUGCAGCCCCUCUGCCAAUUCCACAGCAAACUGCAGAACAGAGAUAGCAGGCUUGUUACUCUGCACGAAGAUGUAAACCGAAUCAUCCAGCUGUAUGCCGGCAGGCUCCUGAAGCCUGAAGCGGCAGCUAAGUUUCUUGCAGAAAGAGAUCUUUCCCUGUUGGACGACGCGGACAGCGUGCUGCAGAACGAGGAGAUGCGUCUUGGGACUGAAGUCGGAGAAUACCUGAGAGUGCAUGCUGGCAGCAUCGCUGGCGCGGACACCGAGAAGAACAUCUACAAAAAAGCAGCUCUGUUUUGCACAGCCGUGUUGAAAAAGUUGUUGCAGAAUUCCGCAGAGCACUAUUCUCUGCUGAAGAAUGCAGGAGUGUUUUUGAACCCUGAUUCGAAACUGAAGCUGUCUGGGAAACUGGCAGUGGACCUCGCAUCUCAGGUGGGAAUGUGCCUGACUGGAGAGGAAGAAUAUCAGCUGCUGGAUGAGUUCUCGGUGUAUCAGCUUUCAGAUACUAUAGACGUGAAAACAGAAAGCAAUCCUCAUGUGAAUGACACCAACGCGUGUGUUGUCAGGUAUUGGGGCACUGUUCUUAAACAGAUGUGCGGAAGCGAAGGAGAGCUGCCCAUCUUCAAGAAGCUGAUGCUGGUCUUGCUGUGUCUGCCGCACUCGCAUGCCGAACCCCAGCGUGCUUUCAGCAUCGUCCAAAAAGUAAAAGCAGAAGUGCGCCACUGUCUCACCCUUAAAGCUUUGAUUGGACUUUUAUCCAUAAAAAUGAAUGAAGAUAGAGAAUGCUUUGAGGUUCAGUAUCCUAUAGAGGUCCUGGAAGCAGCAAAGAAGGCAACUUCUGUGUACAAUAAAGAACAUAAAUCUCUAAAGUAGAUAAGCUGCUGUUGACGGUCGCUUAAACUGCUCUCAGUGGGAUGUGGGGCACAUGCUAUUACGAAACUAACAGUGUUGUUACAUUAAAACUAAACUAUUUGAGUUUCCAGACCACAUUCCACAAUCCAUAAACAUAACAAUAUGGUGCCUUUUUGUGAGUUCUGUGCAAAACAUCUCUAUGAAGGUAGUUGUUUCAGUAGGGUUUUGUUUGUCGUUCAUCACGGCUUGCCUGAAGACACAACCACUUCCAAUGCAAAGGUAAACGCUACCAGUAACCUGGUAUAGCUGUACUGCCUUGCGAUUGGGGGUGUGGAAACUCUUUAUUGUUAGAUAUGUCUGUAAACUGACAGACUGGCUACAAAACAAAGCCAGCUUGUUUGUUAGUUUCCCCCUUGAUAAAUUUACACAUAAACAUGUGUUUUUCAAGCAAAUUGAUAAAGGGAAAGUCUAGAGUAAGUACAGUAUAUAUUCUACACUUCUUGGCUACAGUAUUGGUUUUGCAUUGUAACCAUUAAAGGGUAAAUAAGGACCUUUUUAUUUUUGUUACAUGUUCCUAUGUGUUGCUACAAUGGUUUACUUAAGGUUUGUGU